AUGCCGUACACAGCUCCGAGGCCGUCGCCGCAGCAGCACAGCCGUGUGACCGGCGGCUGCGGGGCGAAGGCGGCGCUAGCGGCGGCGUCGCACGGGGCGUCGUGCGCGGCGGUGCCGGCGGAGGUGGCGCGGCACCACGAGCACGCGGCGCGCGCGGGGCAGUGCUGCUCGGCGGUGGUGCAGGCGAUCGCGGCGCCCGUCGGGGCCGUCUGGUCCGUGGUGCGCCGCUUCGACCGCCCGCAGGCGUACAAGCACUUCAUCCGGAGCUGCCGCCUCGUGGACGGCGACGCCGGAGGCGCCGUGGCCGUGGGGUCGGUGCGCGAGGUGCGGGUCGUCUCGGGCCUCCCCGCCACCAGCAGCCGCGAGCGGCUCGAGAUCCUCGACGACGAGCGCCACGUGCUCAGCUUCCGCGUCGUCGGCGGCGAGCACCGCCUCGCCAACUACCGGUCGGUCACCACCGUGCACGAGGCCGAGGCAGGCGCCGGCGCCGGCACCGUCGUCGUGGAGUCGUACGUGGUGGAUGUGCCCCCCGGCAACACCGCGGACGAGACGCGCGUGUUCGUCGACACCAUCGUGCGCUGCAACCUCCAGUCGCUGGCGCGCACCGCCGAGCGCCUCGCACUGGCCCUCGCCUAG